UAGCCCCUUCUACCAUUCGUCCUGGACACAUAUCUGUUGUCCUGUGUGGAGUGGACUUCAAAGGGAUUCAAUGGCUAAUGAUGUCCAGGUUGUUCCUCUCCCUGACAGAGAGAGUUUAAUCCGGUUAGCUGUGCUUUCUCAUGAAUAAUCCUUCUAUUUACCCACCUGUCUGUCCGUCCUUGAGCCCCGCAGCCGCUCUCUGGAAUGACGGUCGCCUGCUGAACGCUACAGCAUGUUUAGCUGGGUGGUAAAAGUUGUUCCUCAGCCCCCAGCACCUCCGGGGAAACUGGGAGAUGAGGCAAGUCCGAGCGCAACAGACACAGAUGUAGGCAAAAAACAGCAAGUUAAAGAACCUGACCCAGCCAAGCCCAAGGAGGCCUCAGAGGAGAACAGCUCUCAGAGUGGAGUUUUAAGUUGGCUUUCUCAUGGGUUCAGCACUGCCCUCCCUCAGCCUGUCAACACCUCUAAACUGGUUAACACUGAAGCUAAGCAAGAGGACAAUGCAGCGAGCAACAGCACAACUGGGAUGAUCGGCUGGAUUGUGCAGGGACUGGGAAAAGUGGUUCCACAGCCAGAUGAAAAAUGCAAAGGCCACACCGAGCCACAGGAGAUUACUGAGACUGCAGCUGCUCCAGCAGUUAAAGUGGAUCCACCUGUGUAUGAGGUUAAAGACCUGCAUGAUACUGAGCCCCUUCCUCAUAUCCCUGUGGUGGAAAUAGUGUCUGAUGAGGAGCCAGACACGGCAAACACAUCCUUCUCUCCCGGUGUGAUAGAAUGGAUCAAACAGGGUCUUGAGAAGGUAGUUCCUCAGUCUCCGGUUCACCUUCAGGCUCCCUCCAGUUCAGACGCUAAGGUCCUGAAGGCUGUUUCUGCUCCUGUGACACCCUGCAGACAAGCACCGACACCUGCUCCUAUAUCCACACCUGCACCUGCGCCUGCGCCUGCACCUGCAACUCUUGAACCACCCAAAGUAGUUGAAGACUCUAAAAGCGUGAGCAAAGAAAAGGAGAUGAAUAUGGUUGACUGGAUUGUACAGGGAAUUGGACGCAUAAUGCCACAGCCGGUACUGCCACCAAAAGAGGAGAGCCCUGAUGUUGUUCAAAACAUAUGUAUCCUGCAGGACACUUGUGAUAUGAUGCUGGAGGAGGUGGACUCAGACUGGGAGACUCAGCAGAAGGAGCAAAGUUCUGGACAGGACGUCCAGGCUGAAGAGCAGGUGCAUCAGGAGAGCACAGCCCUGCUGCAGGUGUUGCCCAACAUCGUACCACAGGUGCUGGCCAUGCAGCAGCAAGACGAUGCUGAGACCCAGACAGAGCGCUGGACGCCUCUUAUUGAGAGCAUCAGGAAAGAAGCAGAGGAGACUGCUAUUGCAAACUUAGAGGAGAGACUCCAGCAGGAACGCGUGGAGGCAGCUCGUAUGGCGGAGGAUCUGGCCCGACAUGCUGCAGAGUUGGCUGUCAGACAGCUGGAAGAAGAGCACACCAUACAGAUCAUCUCAGAGCCCAAAGAUGAAGAACAAGACAAUGAGAAUCAGUGCAAUGUGGACGUCUGUCCGGCAGAGCCCUCACCACAUCAAUCUGAAGCUUCAGAUCAGAUGACCCAUAGUCCACAACCACCCAAACCAUUAAAGACAGAAACAGCGUCUCCACCUGUGACCACACAACCUGAGCGUGUCACAUCUUCACCACUUGACAGGGACAAGGAUCAGGAAACUCUUGAAGAAAGCUGUGGAGAAUCCACCCAUGUAAAUCCAGCACUGAAAGUGGAGGACGUAGAGGAUGGAGAGAUGAUGGUUCCUCAAAUCAUUGUGGCCCCAGAGUCAAUGACCCUCACUGUUCCUCAACAAAAUCUGACGUCACGCAGAAAGAUUCCCCAAUCUGUUGGUGAUGAUGAUGAUGCAGGUAAAUCAAAAGCAAGUCUGGAGGAGGAUGUGAUCCAGACUGUUGCGCUCCGUGUGGAUGAAGGACCCGAGCGGCCCAUGUCUGCAGCCAGUCAAAAAAGUAUAGUGGUGAAUGAGCGUCUGCAGGAGCUGGUCAAGCUGUUUAAAGAGCGAGCGGAUCGUGCGAAAGACAAACUGAUCGACCCGGAUGAGUCCGAUCACGAGAGCCCAUCAGCAUCUCCAGCCAAAAAGGCAGAUGAAGCUCCACCUCCACCACCUCCAGAGGAAAAGAAAGAUGAAGGUGCAGAAGAGGAGAAAGAAGAGGAGGUGCAAUUCUAUGAGUUUAUGGGUCACAAUUUUAAAGUUCCCCAGUUCAAAAUGCCUCAGAUUCCUGAUUGGCUAAGAGUCAUACUGGACUACCGCUUCCCAUCUAGCAUUGACCAAUACACAGAUCUGAUCUAUGUAGUUUGGCUUUUCUUUGUGACGUUCGCUUGGAAUUGGAAUGUGUGGCUCAUCCCUGUGCGCUGGGCUUUCCCGUACCAGACACCUGACAACAUCCACUGGUGGCUUUUCAUGGAUUACUUCUGUGACACCAUUUACGUUCUGGACAUCCUGGUGUUUCAGCCCAGACUGCAGUUUGUGAGAGCAGGGGAUGUUGUGUGUGACAAAAAGGACAUGAGAGAGCACUACAUGCAAACUGAACGAUUUAAGAUGGAUGUGAUCAGUCUCUUUCCUCUGGAUUUACUGUACGUCUUCACGGGUGUCAAAUCAGUUCUGCGCUUUCCUCGCCUUCUUAAGUACCAUGCAUUCUUUGAGUUUAAUGAUCGUCUGGAAGCUGUGAUGAGCAAAGCUUAUAUUUAUAGAGUAAUCCGGACGAGCGCAUACCUGCUUUAUUCACUGCACUGUAAUGCCUGUAUUUUCUAUUGGGGGUCUGAUUAUGAAGGUUUGGGCUCCACCAAAUGGGUCUAUAAUGGCAAAGGAAACAGUUAUAUACGCUGUUAUUACUUCGCUGUGAAGACAUUGAUCACCAUUGGAGGUUUGCCUGAUCCCACAACCGUCUUCGAAAUCGUUUUCCAGCUUGUCAACUACUUUGUGGGAGUUUUUGCUUUCUCAAUCAUGAUUGGUCAGAUGCGAGAUGUUGUCGGAGCUGCCACAGCUGGUGAGGCGUACUACAGACACUGUGUGGACAGUACUGUAAAAUACAUGUCUUCCUACAAGAUCCCCCGCGAGGUCCAAAACCGUGUGAAGACCUGGUAUGACUACACCUGGAAGUCGCAAGGCAUGCUGGAUGAGCAGGAGUUACUCAUGCAGCUGCCCGAUAAGAUGCGUCUAGACAUCGCUGCAGAUGUCAACUACUCCAUAGUCAGUAAAGUAGCACUCUUUCAGGGUUGUGACAGACAGAUGAUAUUUGACAUGCUAAAGAGACUGAAGUCUGUGGUUUAUCUUCCAGAAGACUUUGUCUGUAAAAAGGGUGAGAUUGGCAGAGAGAUGUAUAUCAUCAAAGCUGGAGAGGUGCAGGUGGUAGGAGGGCCUGAUGGGAAGACUGUGUUUGUGACUUUAAGAGCUGGCUCUGUGUUUGGGGAAAUCAGUUUGCUUGCGGGUGGUGGUGGAAACAGACGAACAGCUAAUGUAAAAGCCCACGGUUUUGCUAACCUCUUCAUCCUGGAUAAGAAGGACCUUGCAGAGAUCUUAGUGCACUACCCUGAAUCUGAGAAGCUUCUGCGCAAGAAGGCCAAAAAGAUGCUGACCAAAGACAAGAAACCCACAGAAGAAAAGGUUAAGGAUACAGGCGAGGUCAUCCCUCCACGGCCAGAGACCCCUAAACUCUUCAAAGCUGCCUUGGAGGUUGCCAAAGGACAGACAUUCACCAAGCUGAAGGAGACUUAUAAAGGGGCAUCUCUGGAGCCAUCCACUCCUGCUUAUGGCAGCACUGCCACAGGUCCAAUUCCUCCUCCCUCCCCUAUCCACCGACGUUCACCGAUUCCUCGUUUUCAUGUGCCAGAUGAAGAUGACAUGGUAUCAGAGACGACAGACAGCACGGUGAUUAUCCGCAUGACUCCACGUGUUGAGGGAGAGGAGAUCCUCUCUGUGGAAGUCAGCCCAGCGGAGACAGUACAGCGGGAAGAGGAAGAACCAGGCAAAACUGAAAAGAAGUGAGAGUAAGGAAGAGGGCGAGAAAUGGAGGGAAAUGGUAGCAAGCCUGAGGCCCAUUUAUGCAACCCUCAUGUUCUUAUUUUCUUAUUUGGGCCACAUGUGAACCUUUGGGGAACAUUUUAGGCAUCUCUAGCUUUUAUCGUAAAAAUGACACAAACAAACACACAACGUGGGAGCAAUGGAGCGUAUCGGGGGGUUCCUAGAGGUUCUCCAAAUGUUCUGCCAUCUCAGAUACUCCAUUAUUGCUGUUUGAAUAAUAAAUGAAAAGGUGAUUUGAAUUUCUAAGCCAAAAACAUUCCCCUAUGGUUAGACAAACAGAGACUGUAGUUCCACUUCAAACUCACACCACUUAUUUAAGUCAUUGUUGCUCUGUCUAGAUGCUCAAACAAACUGAAUAAUGUUGAAAGCUACACAGAGGAAGUAUAUUUAGUCUACUGUAAAUAGUUUAUAGUUGUCUUUGCAUGUUAAAAUGGGAUUGUAUUUUAACAUUUAAACUGCUUCAUCAAUUGGGAUCCUAAGAUCAGAUUUAGCCUUUGAAAGAUGUGUAAUGGAAAGUAACUCUGACUAUAUUCCACAACACAGGCUGAACAAACUCCAAGACUGCUGCGUCAGUGUCCUGUUUUUACAUUAGUGGAAUCCCUCUUUACACAAUCUUAUGUACCCACAAGCACUUUUAUUUUGCAGUGCAACUGCUUAGUGUACAAUGUCCAUGUGUCCUUGGUCUGGCAUAUUUGUUUAUUAGUUGCACUUUGUUAUUGUUGGAGGAGCUUUGGUUUUGCAAUGAAGUGUUGCACUCCUUUCUCACGUGAAGAGAAUUUUAUGCAUUGUUAUAAAAUCAAGUAGUGUAAUAUGUCUUUUAUAUAUUGCUUCUAGGGAGCUGCACAAAUUUGUUAAGACCACUAAAACAUUCUGCAAUGAUUUGUGAAAGUACAUGAUUUAUUAUGUGAUGAAAGUAUGUGAAUGCAUGCUCCUAUCUAAUCUACUGUGAAGGGCCCUUACCUCACAUGACUCAUUUGAUAGCCUGCUGAUAUGUCCAGACAAUACUAAUCAAUUAGCAAUGAUUUUGACUGUUUCCAGGUCAGUUCAUGCUGAACUACCAGUGUGAAUGUGCUUCAAAUAAUCUAUAAAUGGAAAGUUACACAUACAUUUUGCAAUUAUUUCUUCAGAAGGUAAAUAGAUAGAGGGUUAGAUAUGUAUAAAAUGUGUGGAAAUAUGUAGGAACAGUAAUCUCAAGGAGACCCCAUGAGAUUCCCUAUCCAGAUAUACUUUGGGACCCACCAAUAAAAAUUUGUCCCAUGGUUACACAAUAACCCGGUAUGUAAAAUGAAUGGAAUUAAAGUAAAAAAAAUCUUUUUUUGCAUACUGAAUGUGAUACAGUGCAUGGACAGACAUAUGUACUGACAGAAACGGCACAGGAAGAACAAGGAAGUUUUCAUUGUCCCUUUCUUGCUCCAAAAGACCAGAAGCAGGAAAUAUGAAAAGGCGGUAAUCUAGGAGACAAUGCUGGGUUUACUAAGUGACUGCUGAGUGUAGCCUACACCUUAAAGCGGCAUGCAUGGAUUUUUAGGCUUGUGCUAGUCAGUUAAGUACAUUAAUAAACACUUGAAUGUAACUCAAUCAUGAUGAGCAAUAAUGACACUCAAGCAUUACAAUGAGUUCUUAUGUAAGAAUCCUGUAUAUUUUGUGACUCGGAUGUUUCCAUGGUUUCCAUGUUUUUUGUGUGUGUACGAUGGCCACAAUAAUUUUAAAGAUAAUCGCUUAAUAUUACUUAAAUGCACUUUUAAGUGCUGUGGGCUAUUUGUAUUUUGUGAAAAGAAUUAUGAAUUGGUAACCUUAGCCUAUUAAUGUUUAUUGAUAUAGCAUACAGUAAGUGUACACGUUUGAAAACAUAUAUGCUUUCAUAGUUUGCAUUAUUUCCUAAAUCAAAGCUUGAUCAAAGCAAAUCUUUUAGACUACU